UACAGCAAGCACGAUCGCCCGUGGGUGAUGGGUAAAUUGCUUCCGCGGCUGGAGGGCAGCAACCCACGCUAUCGCCUGUGCCUGCACGAGCGCGACUUCCCCCUGGGAUCCCUCAUCGUGCAGAACAUCGUGGAGUGCAUGGCGCGCAGCCGACACACCAUCAUGAUUCUCACGCCCGCCUUCGUCGGCAGCCAGUGGUGCCAGUGGGAGCUGGAGAUGGCGACGCACCGCCUGCUGGAGGGCGCCGGGCGGGACUUCCUGGUGCUGGUGGAGCUGCAGCCGCUGGACGCGAAGGCCCUGCCGCGCCUGCUGCGCUUGCUGGUGGAGACGCGCACCUUCCUGCAGUGGCCGUCGGGGUGCGCCCCUGGCGGUGGCUGCGGGGGCGGCGCGGAGGAGGCGGAGGAGGCGGCGUGGAGGCGGCUGCGGACGGCGUUGGGGCCUCCCAUUAAGCGCUCCUCCCGCCACGGCCUUUCCUCACAUGCCUCCGCCCUCGCGCACUCCCUACAGGCCCUUGAUUCUCCCCCGCCAGCCCCUGCCAGUCCGCACCCCCCGGAAACCACCGUCGCCGUGCGCUCUGUGGCACUUGUGAAAGAUAAGGACUCAUUUCUUCCCGAAGAGGAUAUUCAACUCUCGACAUUGACGUAGUGUGAAAAUUUGCGAAAAUUUUAAAACUUUUUCCAAACGCGGCUAAUCGUUAAAGACUGUAAGGACUCUUAUAGAAAUCGCACCGCAAAAGAAAUUUAAAAAAAUAUAUUUAUAAAUGUAUUUAUUCAUAAAUAAAUGAUUUCU